AAAUCGGCACAAUAAACAUACUGAACAACAAGUACGUGAACGAGCGCAGAACAAAAACUACACGGCGAUCACACUUCAUCAUGGCCGACAAGAGCAUCGCCCUUCUCUGUAACAUCUAUCCAGCAUCGCCAGAAAAGCAAAAAAGGAUCCUCUCCCUCCUCCAGAAUGGCGCAAAGAAUUAUUACCGCAACCCUAGCUCUCAAUGCACAACCUGGUCCUACAUGACCCCUCUCCCACCUCCAAAGGACCCUUCAAAACUCAUCCUCUCCGGCCUCGAAAUCUACACGGACAAAUCCGCUCUCCAGCAACAAAUCAACGACAAAGAAUUCUUCCAAAGCUACCACAACACUGCCAAAUCUGAAGAGCUCUAUCGUCAAGAUGAAGAGCUUGUAGCAUGGUAUUUCACUUCGGGCUUUGUUGUCCGUGACGGAAGUGAACACGCCACACCAUUCAGAAGCGGGAAUUUAAUCAGCCAAACGAAAUUCGUAUGUAAAGAUCGAAAACAAGUUCUUCAGAUCUUAGAAGGGUUUGUGCCUUUUGUACGAGAGAAGGAACCUGGUGUUUUGACGUAUGCGGCUUUUACGAGACCGAAGGCACCAAAGGAGAUUUUGUUGUUUGUGAGGUAUGAGAAUAAGGAGGCGAUGAUGGGGCAUAGUAAGUGUAAGGAGCAUGUGGAUGUUGUGAAGAAGAUUAUACCGCAGAUUGAGAAUGAUAUGGGAAAGUCUACGACGAUGUGGCAGGAAGUUGAUGAGAGUUUUGUUUCGAGUAAGGCUGGUGGUCCGGGGUUAGGCGCGAAGUUGUAGGACAGUAGUAAAUGGAUAGGCGCAAGACAAUCGAGAAUGCAACGGUAUUGGGACAAAUAAGUGCCGGGAACAAUUUGUUAACCUUUUAAAGCGACAGAAAUGGAGGGCUUGUGACAUCGGUCACUCUACAACGUUACUGAGUGCCGAGUACCUGACCUGUGGACGAAUACC